UACUAAGGGCGUAAAGCAUUGGCUUAUGCGCACUAUCUAGUGCUCUAUGAAUUUAAUAAAUAGCAUUUUGAGAAGGAGUUACUAUGGUUACUUCCUGCUGGUUGUCAGAGACGCUUUUGUGGAGCUGUUUAUAAACAAGAGGCGCUGCAGAGACAGAGUUUGAUGUAGAGUUUGUUUUGUUACAGUAUUACAUGUUGAAGUCGGUUUCGUGCGAUUUGCUUGAUGUCCUCUAAUUUAGCACGCAAAGCCGUCUAAUGUUUACAUUUCUCAGCAUUUCCCCCAAAACGCUGUCAAUCUAAUGAACCUUCACAUGGAGGAGUCUCGAGUUUCCCUUUAACCUGCAGAGGAAUGGAGCGGCAGGGUGACUCUCCACAUGACCAUGCUUUCGUGGAGCUGCCUGUGCCGAGCAUGCUGAAUGUGUUGGGUGAUGCGGACCUCCAGGUCCUGAUCCGUGAAACAGAGGAGAAGCUGAAACUCAACUCCUGCAGUAUUGAGCAGAGCCUGUGCGAACUGCAGACUAGAAUUGGAGAGUCCAGUGCUGGUGAGAAGAUCCCCAGUCCUACAGAAUGUUUAAAUUGGUUCAGUCAGAGCAAUCUGAGAUUGCUGAAACCCGUCUCUACUGAUCACCAGGAGCUUCUGGAAUUCCUCAAAGCGCUGCUACACAUACUGAAGAUGGAAGAGGCUUACACAGAGGCAGUUCUCCAGCUGUUGGUGAACAUCUCUGCUCAAUGUGGGGUUGCCUUCCCUACCUCUGAUUCUUUAUCUGAAAAGAGUCAGGCUUCUCUGACACCCCUUUGCUCUGUACACGAUGACAUCACUCUGUACAUACAGGAAACUUGGUAUGACAUCCGGCUCUUGUUGCGGCGCCACCUGUUGGACAGGUUAUCCAUGGAAGUCUCUGGAGUCCCCCAAAGGACUGUCUUUCUUGUGCAGCAUCUCUGCUUCCUUUACACUGAAACAGAGGUUCUGGAGAAGUAUCAGGCUCUACAGAGCAAAAUGGUCCUGGAGCUUCUCAAAGAAAAACAGACACGCUGUCUAGAUGGAGAAAGUGGAUUUAAAAGGUUGGCUGUGGACUUCCAGGCUGUCUGUCCUGCUUUCUGUGCCAUGCUGGGCGAGGACAUUCACAUCCUGAGUGGCAUAGUUGAGCCACAUUGCAUUCUGAGAUUUGUGAAUCGGGCCUACCUGUGGACGCUGGCACAGGAGCUGGGCUUUCUAAUGGAGAAGGAGGUAGAGUUGGUGAUGAAGGACAAUAGCACACAAGGAGGGAAGGGGAUGAGGAGCUCAAGCAAGAAGGCAUCAGUAGCUCCUCAAGGUUCUCCCCAAAUGAACAAGCAUUUUCCCCUGACUUCGGAGCAGCUGAGAGGCCUGGUCCAGCUGGCCUACACAAUGCUGCAGCUGGAGAACCAAGUGGAAGAUCUGGCAGCUGAGCUGGGCAUCCUCAACUGUGCUGGAGAAUCAAGUGGUGUUAAAGGGAACCUAAAGAAAGGCAGGGCUGAUGUGGAGAUGUCUACACUAGCUGAUAAAGUCACACCAGACCUGCUGCUACAGAACACAGAGGUGCUGUGUCUGGAGUUUGAGUGGAGGUCUGCAUUUCAUGUAUUAGUUCCUCAGAUGGCUCACGGUGUGAAGACGUUUCUAAAAGAAGUCUGCAGUAAACGUCUGCAGCAGGAGGAGAGGACACACAGCUCCACCUUGCCUCAUCAUAUCCCUCUGGCCUGUAUUCCUCUCAGACAGGACGCUGAACUCUGUCUAAAGACAGACAUGCCCAAGAAGAUCGCGGAGUUCUGUGCAGAUGUGAUGGAAGAACUGGAUUCUCUCCUCCCUUUGGCUGUGGUGUGUAAAGAAGAUGCUCUGCUCCCUGUGAGCUCCUGCUACAUAGAAGUGUCUGGCCGGGUGAGCUCAGAUCUCCUGACCAGACUGGAAGAAAGGGCAAGGGAGGUUCCUCAUUCAUCGCCCCUCGAGAACCUUCCUACCAUACUGGCUUCCAGCACCUACAUCUACCACAGACUGGCUUACUACGAGAGCCAGCUAGGAGACACCAACCGCACGCCUCUGACUCUGCUGCCCGUCCAGAGGAGUCAGGAAGUGACGGAGGCCAUUCAUGAGCAUCUGACCAGCUACUGUGUCCAUGUGUGUGCCACCAGCAUACUGCAGGAUGCCGAAAGUCACUACUGGGCGGACGACAAGUACUUUUACGAGGGUGAAAGGUGUUCCUUCUCUAUCCAGAUGUGGCACUAUUUCCUCUCAGCUUUGCGCAAUGACCUGUGGUGCACCGUUUCUCCGCUAUUGGCCCAGCAGACCCUGGCGCAGGUGCUGGCACAGACUCUCGAGCUCCUGCUUCAGCGAUACUCCAGAGCUCAGCCCUCCUACAAAAGACACUCUCAGAUCAGAAUGGACAUCACAGCCAUCCUCCUGUGUGUGGAGCAGCUGCUGUGGUCUGUGUAUAGCAGUGUGGAGGAACUUGUCAGUCCUGAGCUGCCUUCAGAUACCGCCAGAAGCUGGGUGUCCAUCAUCCACAGCCUGUGUAAUCAGCUCCUCAAUGUGCUCAUCAUCCUCACCUCUCCUUUACCGGAGCUCUAUAGAGCUAUUCAGAAUGGUUUUAGUGCCGAAUCUUCCACCACUCCAGCCGAUGCACACACUGACCGUGCUCCAUUUUGGCUCAAUAUCUUCAACCCUACACUCUUCCCACUGGAUCUGCUCAGGGGCGGGAUGGAAAGUGAAAACUCGGCUCUGUGGCUGCUGAACAUAGUGAGCUCAGGACCUGGCUUCUCUCCGGCUCUGCUCCUGCAGGCUAUACUGCACCAUGACUGCCUCCUGCUGCGCCUUCUGAUCUCCCACUCCUAUCUGUGUUUGGACAGCAAGGUUGAAGUGUCCCCUGAGGCUCAGGAAGCUGCUGCUGAGUUUGUGGAAGCUAUUUUUGCUGUCCUGUCCUCCCUAAACAACAUCCCCAGGGCUCUAGCGCGAGUGCUUGAGGGCUACCUGGAAAGAAGACACCUAUGGGACCACUUUUGCAGUUUAGCAGAUUCAGCCAAAGUAGAGCCUGUGCUGUUUAAGAGUAUCAGAGACGUCAUCUACAAAGUCACCAAAGGUCUGUUAGGACACAUAGUGAGAAUGAUACAGGCACGUGAAGCAUGUCCUAGCCCACUGCUCAGACAAACCCUUCCUGAAAGUGUACAGGCCAAGAUUCCUAAAGAGUGGAACUACAUUCCCCAGGAGGCCAAGGUGAAAGACAUCAGCAAGAUUACCAUUGGUCUUACCAUUCAGGCUCUCUCCUUCAUCUUCACCCACCUCCCAUCCUGCAUCUCCUCCAUCCCUCUGCCCAUUCGCUUCCUCUUUCACAUGGCUGAGAAGCACCAGAGCCAGAGCGUCAGACAGCGGAGGCCCACGGGUCUGCUUAUCCGGGUGCUGCUCGGCUUCCUGUGCCAGGGGCUGGAGAAUGGUGAGACCCUGGAGCUGGUAUCUACUGAGCCCUUGGAGCGAGGGGUCAAAGAGCGUCUGGCACUGCUGUCUGAGUGCCUGCAGGUGAGCCUGGGAAUGGAGAAGAUCAAGCCCAAACCCAUCACGCACAAGAUCCUGCAGGGUCUGGAAGAGAAAAGGCCUAAGUGGAGCUCCAUGCAGCUGCAGAAAGCACACAAGCUCUGCAGUGAGAGUACAUUUGAGCGUGUGGAGUGUGGCCUGGUGCAGGAUAGAGGUGGACCCAGUGAACCGGCCGAGCAGAAAAUGUGUGCUGUGUUGCUGGAGUUGUGCCAGGGAGCAGGUGGUAUUCAGAACCUGCGGCAGAUCCAUCACACCAUCCAGCUCAAUGAGGCCUUGUUAAGGUCCAAGCUAGCUCUUGCUGCAGACAGUACAUCUCCUCCCCAGGGACAGCCGUCUGUCCUGUUCUACUCAGCAGCGAACGCACUAAACAUUCCGCCCCACUUCAACCCGAUUUUUCACUUUGACCAUGUCGGCCACGCUAAAUUUGAUCAGUCAGCUAUGAGCAAGAGAGAGUGGGACUGGGCCCAACUGCUGCCAGCCUUCAGAGUGAGUCAAGUGACCUUCACAGAUCUGCUGGUUAACAGACAGGUUGGUGUGUGGAGCUCUGGCAGCUCUGACUCUGGCGCCUGCAGAGUGUGCGUAGUGUGGGCCUGCAGCAGCUAAAUUAAAAGCCUGCUUGUUCAGGAAGAGGAGCAGCAGGCCUCGAGCCCAGCUUCAGACUGCGAGCAGGUGUCUUCUGUGGUAUGGAGUUGUGCGUGUGCUUCUGUGUGUGUGUGUGUGUGUGUGUGUGUGUGUGUGUGUGUGUGUGUGUGCGCUUGUGUAUACAUGUUUAUAUGUGAUUGUAUAUAUAAAUGUAUGUGUGUGUAUAUAUAUAUAUGUUUGUGUAUAUGUAUGUGUAUGUGUGUGUGUUUUUGAAAUAGAUUUCUUUUACAUGCACUUGUUAAAUAACAUCCCUGUGUAAACACUACAUCUCACUGCUGUACAGAUUUGUAUAUCCUGUCUUUACAGCGCUGGUAUGAGAUUGUAUCUUGAUUCAGCUCUGGACUCUCUGCAUUCCUCCAGCCCUUUGAUGCCGUCUUCACUGUGGUCAUUAGCGCAGUGUAACCUGGUGACCUCGCUCCUAUUGAUUUUUUUCUAGAAUGUAGCGCUCGUACAGAGUGACUUCACUGUGCUGUCUGACUCCCCUGUACCUCACAGUGAGACCAUCCCAUGAUCUUUUUUAUGCAGCUGAAGUAAGAUUAAGCCUUUGUUGCUCUAAGGCGCUGGUGAAUGAGCUGGUGAGAGAAAGAGGAAAAUGAAAGGUAUGACAGGGAUCUGUUGGGCUCUUUUGUUCCUACCCUUCUGUCUUAAGCUUCAAGCAAUACAUAAACUUUCGUAGCCUUUUAAUCCCAAGCUGAACUCACGCUCACCUCUUCAUUCCUACUUUAGAUUUUAUUCUUGGCGGGCAGAAAGCCGGGGCUUUAUUUAGAAGCUGGAACUCAUGUUCGGCUCACGUUUGUGGUCUGCAUUAUUAUGAAGUGGAUAUUGUGGAAUUUAUACUUUCAGUUAAUGUACAUUUUGUGGGGACUGAAAGUAGACUGGAUACGAAACAAAGCAAAAGAUAUACAGACGUUUAUGGAGACAAUACUUAUUGAUGAAAAUAUUUAUUGAUGUAAAUAAAGAAAAUGAAAGGAAGCCUAGACUUACUAGACAAAAUGUAAAAAAAAAAUCUCUCAGCUUUACCUCUGACACUGGAGACUCCUUCCAAAAAUGUUCAGUAACGAAUUCUCACAGAAAAUUUCACCAUAUUAACCAUUAAACCAUUACAAUAUUGGGGUUCUAAGAAUAUAUCUUUUGCUACUUUCCUCACACCUUUUGGUGACUGCAGACACGUGUUGUUCGUGUUAAAGAAACAUUCUGUCAUUUUUGGAGCAACACAAAUACAUUAAAAAAGAAAAAAUAUAUAAGGCUUCAUCUUGCCCACAUACAGUAGAGAUUCCACCCCAUUUGUUAAUAUACUGUAUACCUAGAGCCAAAGCCGAGCUCUCUGUUUUGGCAGGGGGCAGAGUUCAUCUCAGGGCCAGAAAAAUUCUAAACAGUAGAAGAUACAGGAUUUUGAAUUUUUACAGUUGCAACAUCCUACACAGCAAUAAGACACGAUUAAAUGGUGUUUUAAAGGCCUCGGUGGUGUUAGUUACUUCCUCCAUUAUCCACCCUGUCUGAUUCCUUAAAAUGCUGUUCAUGUAUCACACGCUCACUGUAACAUGUAACAGCUUCUUCAUGUCUGGUCCUCUUCAGAUGCACUGAAGAAAUAGAUAAUUAAUAUACUCUUAAUGCAUCACAGUGUCUGUGUGACAGUGGCUGCCAUCUCCACUCACUCGCUCCUCAACUGUGACAAGAAAUUUAACACCCUGGAACAGGUCAUCAUCCUGCCACAGUCUCUAUCGUCCCAGCAGAGACAGACAGAGCGAGCAGCAAGCGGGAAAGGAAGAAAGGAGGAAAUAAUUACAAAUGAAGAGUGACGCAGCGAUGAAUGGAACAUAUGCUGAGCCGCUAGCGUUAGCGGUAGUGUUAGUGGUUAGCCUUAGCACUGGCAGACUGAAAGAAGGGCUGAUGAGGCUUCAGUGGUCCUGAAAGGGCUCAUUUGAGAGGCUGAUGUAGCCGGAGAGAAAUCUUCCACACUGUCAUCCUCACAGAGAGACGGGAUCUAAUGAGGAGAGUUUAGGAGUAACGUCUAAGGAAUAUAACACGCUGUUCUAGGAAAGUAAUGAUGAUGCGGCUCCUUCUGGCCAGUCAGAUUCGUUAUAAAAUACAUCAUUUCUGCCCUAAAUGUUACACAUCUCAUCCGUUUAUUCCCAUACUAAAAUCUACACUUUAAAUAUGGGUAGAAUAUUAUACUACUCCACUCCGCUCUUUAUGGCGUAUGUAUCAGAAUACAUCAGUGUGUCCAGAUUCACAUUCUUCACUCUCAUAUCUACACACAUUUCCUAUUAGUUUCACUGCAGCAGCUGAAUAAUGGAUCAUAGUUACUGAAUAAUAUGAUUAAUAACUAAUAAACCAGACUGUAUGUGAAAAGACCAAAAAAGAGAUAUUUCUGAUUUUACACAGAGGCAUAAAGUUGUAACUCUGAACUCAAAAAAGAUUGUUUAGCUCAGUAACACAAUUUAUACCCAAAAUAUGAGGAACAAUCUGUGUGGGUACUAUGUGUUUCACUAUGUGAAAGUGAGUAAGUAUGGAAUAAAAUGCUCCAGAAUCUACUGUUGUAGGAAGCAGAGUUUUUCUAUCACCACAGGUCCCACAGUGUUUUAUUUCAGAAUGACAAGCUCAUAGUUAUUAAAGAACAAUACAUUCUUUUUAUUUGUUCUUGUUAUUUUUAUUCUUGUGAAAACUCAACAAAAGUUAGUGCCUCAAUUUUUCAUACUGGUUGCAGAUUUGGGUCAUGACAUGUCGUGUAACAUCAUCACAAUACACAUCCAGCUAAAGCCCUGUUCA